UUGUAGUUUGUUUAUAGUUGUAUUACAGUUUUCAUACUGUUUUAUUUAGGAUUUAUAAUUUAUUGUGGCCAUUUUCGUUAUGUUGUAGGUUUGGGACUACAAAUUUAGUCCUUCUGAUUUUUACAGAUCUAAGUGUGUAUGCACUAGUGUUUAUUCCGUGAUAGAUAAUAUUAAGAACACUUUAUCUGUUAAUUUGCUUUCUUUGUUUCGUCAAACUCAGUUUGGGCAUUUUCUGGAUAUGCCUGAGUUUGUUUUUCAUUCGCAAGUCGUACAUAGUUUAUUACUAAGGGAAGUUUUCCAGCCCAAUCCUAAAGAGUUUUGGGCUAAGGUUGCUGGCCGUUGCAUACGGUUUAGUGCCGAAGAAUUUUACCUGAUAUCUGGAUUAGAUUGUUUCGGUGAUUGCAACAAGUUGUUGUUUUCACAGGAAACAAAUCAAUUGGUAGAAACAUGUUUCCGUGGUGUAAAAACUAUUGACCACAAAGCCAUCGAGGAUGCUUUUUUGGGUAUUCGGUGGGGUUUGGAUGAGUAUAUUGGUUUGAAAAUGGUUGUUUUGUAUUUCAUUCAGUGUUUUCUUCUUAGCAAUACUCCUGACAAAGAAGUGUCUAGGUUUGAUCUAGAUGUAGUGGAUAGCGGUCGGUGGGACGAGUAUUGUUGGGGUAGGGAAUCAUUUGAAUUGACAAUUGACUCAUUCAAAGGUAGGAUCCAGCAUGGGAUCAUUAUGAAAAAUAGGAAGGCAGAGAAGGGAGGCCAAUAUGAUGGCUGGUAUAGGGCAUUGGGAUGUCCUUGGGUUUUCACGGUUUGGUUUUAUGAAUGCUGUCCUGCAAUGGUGAACUCUUUCUGUAAGAGAGUUUCAUCUUCUAUACCAAGGAUUCUGAACUGGAGCAACACCAUCGUCACCAAAAAUCCAACUCUUCGAGACUUGAAGGGCAAGAUUUUUGAUUUACCUUUGGACAAGUUGAAGAUAAAAAACAUGCGUCCUACUGAUGAAGAGAGGCAGCAGCUUCAACUUGACGGUUUAUUUCUCGAUGAAUCUAUUGAUGACCGUGGUGUAGCGAAGCAAUCCUUUGAGGGUGGCUCAUCUUCAAAGAAGUCUGAUUCAACAGAUAUUGAUUGGAUGAAAUCUAAGUUGGAGAUGGUGAUUUCGAAUCAAUCAUCAUUGGCCGAGGAUUUCAUUUCAUUGAGGUGCUUUGUUGAUUUUAAUUUCAAGUCCGUAAUGACUGUAAUUAAGGAUAUCCAGGAGAAGGUUAAUGCCAUUCAUCGUCGUCCUUCUGAUGAGGUAUUUAUUCAUAUUUUAUUGUUUAGGUUUUUUCAUAUUUUUUUUUAAGUUUCUUUACUGUUUUAUUUAAGUUUCAUUUAUGUUGGUUGAUAAAGGGAAAGUCAUUGGAUGAAUUAGUAACUCAAGAUUCUGAUGAUGAUGCUGAUGAUGAUGAUGAUGAUGAUGCCGAGGAUGAUGAGAAGCAAUUGCCUGAUCUAGAAAAUAUUGAUUCCGACUCCGACGAUGGUGGUGAGUGUGUUAAAGUUGGUGGGGAUGCUGAUGAUGCUGAGAAGGUUGUUACUGCUGUUCCCGUUGCUGAUGUGAAUCCAUCUGAGGCUGUUGGAGGGAGUGAUAAAAAUGUUAAGGAUGUUGAGAAGCCGAAGGGCGAUGAGUCUCGAUUGAAGGGGGACGAUUUCUUUGAUGGGUUGAGCCAGCUUGAAAUAGAUGAUGAUCAAGUUGUGUUGGCUGGCUUG